AUGACGGCGACAAACUGUGCGACUGCGUCACAGCUAUCGAGUCGACUGUCGUCAGCGACAAGCGUCUCUUUGUUCUCGCUGAGAACUGUUCCGCUACAAUGCAGAGGCCGGUCAUCUGUAAGCGGCUCUAACCGCCUGCGAAUCACGUGCAACGCUGCUUCGCCAGGCGCGCAGCCCGCAGAAGACCCCUAUCAGGUGCUGGGUGUGCGCCCAUUGGACUCGUUCGACGCCAUCAAGGUGGCGCACAGGAAGAAGCUGCGGGACGCGGAGGGCAAGGGGGACGAGGCGGAGAUAGAGCGGAUCGACAGGGCAUACGAUGCCAUCAUGAUGCGGCAGCUCACGAUGCGCAAGAAGGGUGUGACAUAUGGCUCUCUCGAGGUCUCGAAAGACAUCAAGUUUGCCGACCAGACGGAAUUUCUCCCGUGGCUGCCGCGCUACGAGAAGGCUGACAACAAGGGCAUUCUCAUCAACGCUGCUGUCUCUGCUGUCAUGGCGGUGUGGAUGGUGGGGGCGCAGAGCACGGAUUGGAAGAUCCUGCAGUUCCUCCUCUCCUUCUACAUCUUCCAGCUCUUCAUGAAGCUCGACCCCUUCUACCCGCAAAACACUGGAGGGGGAACUAUGGCGGAGGCAUCAGAGCGCGCACCGGGGAACCCGUGGCUGCACGUGCGACGAGAACCGUUCGAUUUCGGCCUCCUGCCUAUCCCCGCGAUCGCAUCGUACAAGGAAGCGUCCACUGAAACCCUAAAGCUCCUCCGUCAGCGCCUCAUCGACGCGUCUUUAAACUCCGAAGGCGCCUCGACCACCUCCCCGACUCGCGACGGCUCGCAAGAGCCACGUGUCACAUGCGAGGCGAUAGAAUCGUGCCUCAAGCUCUCUAAAGACCAAGCGCGGCUCGUUCUAGACACGCUAGCGUCCGUUCUCCCCACCGGCAGUGAAGAUAUCGACUCGCUGUCCGACGCGUCGCCGUCAGAUGCGGCGAAGAUCGGAACGGACGUGGACCUGCUGUUGCUCUUCCUCUUCCUCCAGCGGUACCGCCGCGUUCCCAACCGCUCGUCCCGCGACGCUGCUGUGCUCGCGGACGUGUGGCCGCAGGGGCCGUCGCCGUUCGACUCUGUCUCCCCCACCGCUACCUCCGCCCUCCAGAUAAAGACAAGCCUGGCCACCCGGCAGCGGUUCCAAACGGGGCAUGCGGAGGAGGAGCAGCAGCAGCUGUCGUUCCUGCAGAAGAACCUGCCCUCCGUGCUGCAGCUGCUGGCGGAGCAUGGCCCUGAUGCUGCUGGUAGUGGCGACGGCACGGAACCCGGCACACAGGUGAUCUCUAUCGACAAGUUCGAGUUGCUGGGUCUCUUCCUUCGGGUCAACCGACCCGGAGUCUCCUCCCUCCUCCUCUCGCAAGUCGCCCCUUUUUUUGCCGAAGCUGACGCUGCCAUGCCUCCUGCGCCCGUACCUCUCUCCGUGGCGCAAGACUGGCUCGGCCCGAGGCUCUGCUGCACGUCCGACCACGGCCCGGACCUAAGGCCGCAGUCCCCCUCCCGCCCCGCCAAGGUGCCCGCGGAUAGGGGCGGAGAUUCCGCCGCCUCCCCCACCAAAAGCGGAGAUACGCCCAUGGGGGAAGGGGGAGCAGUUGCGGGGAGCGGGGCAGGCGCAGGGGCGGAGGUUCAGGGAUCGCCUAGAGGGGCCGCGGCCAAUGGAGCGAUGACAGGUGGCGUGCUGUCACGGCGUGUGUGGGCUGCGGCAGGGAUGACGACCGUUGAUGGGGUUGCAAAGAUAGAUGUGGCGAUGCCUGUGGAUGGGGUUGCGAAGAUGUCGGUGCUCAAAGGGGAGACGGAGGUGGACAGCAGCUGCGUGCGGGUGGCGCACUGUCACGACAGUGUGAUUUACGUGCUCGUGCCCCUCAAUGACCCACAACCCAACCCCUCCUCUCCUGCCUUUCCCCCCACCUCCUGUUCCGCUCCCCCCCCCCAGGUGGCGCACUGUCACGACAGUGUGAUCUAUGUGCUCGCUCCUCUCACAUUACCACCUCUGCCUCUCCCCCCUUCACCACCUCCCUCCGCUGUGGCCCGCAGGCGGCGCACUGUCACGACAGUGUGA